GUUUGUCAUGUUUUUAACGGUUUUUUUUGUUGAAGCUGUCGUUUAUAACUUCCGGUUCAUCUGCGCGCGUGUAAGUUUCCUGUGUUUACUUGGUGCCGCAGUGACAUGUCGCUGAAGGCUGAACGGUCCGGCGAUGGCGGUUCUGUUUAUAAACUCUCAGCUGCGUUUCCUCCACACGCCGUGCCCCAGAGUUUCAUGGAAACGAUGGUGGAAUUGCAGUAAAUACACAAGGAUCUCGUCCCAGGUGAAAAAGCGGAAAGCCGGGGAUGAUGUGCUGCUGAGUCCGGAGCAGCUCGAGCGGAUCGCCAGGAACAAAGCGGCGGCUCUGGAGAGACUUUCCUCCCGCCGCGGGGCCGUGGGAGUCGAGGAGAGCUGGAGGAGAGCGCUGGGGGCCGAGUUCAACAAACACUACUUCACAUCGUUGAUGGACUUUGUUGACAACGAGAGGCAGAAGCACACGGUGUAUCCGCCCCUGGAGCAGGUGUUCACAUGGACACAGAUGUGCCAGAUUGAAGAUGUGAAGGUGGUUGUUCUUGGUCAGGAUCCCUAUCACGGACCGAAUCAGGCUCACGGCUUGUGUUUCAGCGUGCAGAGACCCGAGAGACCUCCUCCGAGCUUGGUGAACAUGUAUAAAGAACUGGAGUCCGACAUCGAAGGCUUUCAACAUCCUGGCCAUGGUGAUCUGACGGGAUGGGCAAAGCAAGGCGUUCUGCUGCUGAACGCUGUGUUGACUGUGCGAGCACACCAGGCCAACUCGCACAAAGACAAAGGAUGGGAGACGUUCACAGACGCUGUGGUGCAGUGGCUAAGCACUAACCUGGAGGGCCUGGUCUUCAUGCUGUGGGGCUCGUACGCUCAAAAGAAAGGCGCUGCGAUCGACCGGAAACGACACCACGUCCUCCAGACCGUUCACCCGUCCCCGCUUUCUGCACACCGGGGCUUCCUCGGAUGCAAACAUUUCUCAAAGACCAAUGAGCUGCUGCUGAAAUCCGGGAAGAAACCCAUAGAUUGGAAAGCACUGUGAGUUAAGCGAGUGCAGAUGGUUUAAGCUGAAUGUUCAGUUCAUAGUAAGCUCUUUUGUGUGUUGUGAUGGCCUGUGUGGUUAUCCUAAGCAGUUUUACACUAUUUUAUACUGGACCUUUUCUCCAGAGGAUCCUCUCUUGUGUCUUUGUUCUUCCAUUUUUUUUUUUUUCUUCCUCUUGAAUGAAAAUUUUCAUAAUAGCAAUAUUUUUGUAUGUUCAGUUCAGUUCAUCUGCGCUGCUGUUUUCUACUUCAUACUUUUGCACUUUCUAAAAACUACUUCUUUUUUUGUUAAUAAAUCUUAAUAAAAUUGAUAAAAAGGAGAAUGUGUGUGAAUGAGUGUGCUGUAGAUGAAUUCUGACAACGAGGGACUUCUUGGAAUUAUGUCAAAGCGUGUAUGUGCCAUUGGCAUAAAGUCUACACACCCCUGUAAAAUGA